GCAGCUGGAGGCUUGUCGGCUUCCCCCCAGGCCAGAGAAAGUCUUCGUGGAAGUGUGACCAAGCAAAUAAAGAAAGGAACCCAGAAGGUAAGGGAAAGUGCUGGCGAGAUGGUAAGUGCGCAACCACUGUUCUUAUAUGAAUCACACGACACAGGUGCCCACUCCGCGCGGGUAUAACAAAGAAGCUCUUCUUAUCUCUACCCACUCAGCUCUCUUCCUCUGACCUGAACCGAUUGCAUAACAACACACAUACUGCUAUCAUCACAGCUCCCCUUCACCCGGAUCGUUCCUGCCUUAUUAAGCUGCCUGUACCUGACGAGUCAAUAUGAACAUCACCCACCUGCCAUCCGAGAUCCUCUCUCACAUCCUCCUCCUCGCCACCAACGCCAACCAAGACGAAGGCGCCAGCUUCACUUAUGGCCUGACCCAAGCACCAUUGCCUCUCCAACGGGCGAAGCUCACCAAAUAUGUCCGUGGUCCAGUCACUACCGAAUCGCUUCGAUGGGAUGCCACCGCCUCGAUCCGCCAGGUCUGUCCGGCUUGGCAUGACUGGUCGCUCUCGUACAACCUCGAGCAUGUUUUCGAACGACGGUGGCGAGGAAGCGAGAGAUGGGCAGAGCUGUCCAACAACCGUUGCAAAUACGGCUUAUACGAGCUCAUGGACAAGCCUUCUGGUUGCGCUGUCUUUCGAGAUCCCAAUAGCUCCCUCAAGAUGACCGCCAGGACUUUCCAACAUAUGCCUCACAUGACCAACCAUGUUCGCCGGCUAUGGUUCAAUGGCUUCUACACCGCCGAGACCGAUAAGCUCAUUCUUUCAAUCGUCUCCGACUGCCACGCGCUCCAGUUCCUCAGUGUACCAUGGACCGUGCUACGACGAAGCACUGCCGAAGAUUGGAUUGAUCUGCUCAAUGUCAAUACUGGCGUGGGUAGUGCCCUUCAAUCGCUGGAGUUGCAAGCUGUCUGUCUCUCCAAAGUCCAGGCUGAAGCACUUGAGCAGGAAGUCUCUCCGGAUGCGCUAGAGGAUCCUCGAGUUGACUUCAGCGCUCUGAGACGUCUCAAGAUCUUUGGCAACACUCUACACAAACCCAUAUCUGACAUCGAUCUCGAGCUCAUUGCCCGGACCGCCACCAACCUGGAAGUACUGGACAUCACCAACUUGUCCACAAUCUCCGUCGCUGGUAUGCUGGCCCUGGUCAAAGCUUCACGAAACACUCUGCAAGUGCUAGAGCACUCUCCUCGCUCCGACGAUGGCUUCUAUCACCCUUACCCGGGUCAUCUGGCGUCGAAUGAACACAUUUGCGAGCUACUCAACUCACUGCCACGCAUGCGCGAUCUUUCUAUCAGCAUCCCAUACAUGUGUGCAGAUCUCUUCUCCAACCUCGAGGUGCAGUGGGCUGGAGAGUGUCAAGUCCGGGCGACCGACCUCUGCGGCUGCAACAACUCCACGCCAGCGAUCGAGCGCGCUGGCAAGCUACGCAAGGUGUUCGCCGCAGCGAGAGAUCUGAUUGAAGCACGUCGAAGACUUGGUCAUCAAUUGUCAAUCGAGAUCUUUUUCGCCGGCUGCAUCUUCGAGCCCGAGAAGAACCUCGUACACGGCGACUUCGUGCUGUCUGAGAUCCGCUCAGCUGGGGCGUUCCCACGAGGCAAACAAGUCAGCACGAAAGGACCAUACGGUACUACCGGUGUGUAUGGAAAGGAGAAUGAUGGCGUCAAUUGGGAUGCCAUCUGGGAGGACGAGUAUCUGCACGGAGUGGAGCAAGGCUGGGUUCAGCUAUGAAGCUACAGGCUGCGUUAUUCAAAAGUGUUCCAGGUCUUCUGAUCAAACGCACUUACGCAAGAUGCCUACGACUUCUGUUUCCAUUACGAUUUACGACAGUCAACAAAAGUUUGGUAUAUUCUUAAUACAGCGUCAGUCCGGAUAAAGUUGUUUCAACCUGGAAGGUUGUUUGUCAAGAAGAUCUGUGCGCUGGGCUAGUGGAUGAAGCAGUGCUUGAAUAUUCGGUGUGAAAGCGGAGCCGUUAUUUAAAUC